AUGGCUCCUCGCACGGAAUUCAGCACCGAGCAGAUCCGCAACAAGGCUCGGAAAGACCUGCUGUAUCUCCUCGAAGGUGUCCGCGGAAAGAAGAACGUCGUCCUUGAUCGAAGUCUCGUUGGCCCGAUCGGAAUUAUAGUCAAAGUCGCCGUGCUUCAAGAGUAUGGCGUUGACAAGUUCUUUAUCCUUGAGAACGAUAAUGUCGACACCAGCCAGCGCAAUGUCGUCUUCAUUGCCCGAGGCGAAUGUGGCCGCCAUGCCGAGGCAAUAGCAGCCCAGAUCAAACGUGUCCAGCGCGAGAGCCAAACGGCCCACGAUUUUCACAUCUUCUGGGUCCCACGACGAACCCUCGUUUCCGACAAGCUCCUGGAAGAGGCCGGCGUGCUAGGCGAUGUAAACAUCUCUGAGCUGCCGUUGUCCUUCUUCCCUCUGGAGAAGGAUGUCCUGUCCCUGGAGCUCGACGACUCAUUCCGCGACCUCUACCUUUCGAAAGAUGUGACACCAAACUUCCUCAUGGCCAGAGCCCUCAUGGAGAUCCAGCAGAACCACGGCUUAUUUCCUCGCAUCAUUGGAAAAGGCGACAAUGCAAAGCGUGUCGCAGAUCUACUCGCACGUAUGCGCCAGGAGCUCCUCGCCGGCGAGGAUGCGACAGAAGCCAACAAGAUUGGGUUGACCCCCAGUACAACCAACGAGAGCGUCAUCAUCAUCGACCGUGAGGUCGACUUUGUCACACCGCUACUCACUCAACUCACAUACGAGGGCCUUAUCGACGAGGUGUUUGAGAUUCAAAACAACCAGACCAAGGUCGAUACGACAGUGGUUGGCGCGCCAGCACAAUCUUCGGCAGCAACAUCACAAAGUCGCAAGCGAACGAUUCAAUUAGACUCAAGUGAUAAACUCUACGAACAAUUGCGAGACGCCAACUUUGCAAUAGUUGGCAGUUUGCUCAACAAAGUUGCAAGGCGGCUACAAAAGGUGCAGAGCGACUACGAGAGUAAACAUAAAACGAAGACCAUUGCGGAGCUCAAGGACUUUGUCAGUCAGCUACCAGGAUAUCAACAAGAGCAACAGAGCGCGAGGAUCCACACCGGCUUGGCCGAAGAGAUUAUCAAGCACACUCGGACGGAUCUUUUCAAGGGGCUCUUGGAGGUACAACAGAACCUUGCUGCAGGUGCUGAUCCGUCGAGCCAAUUCGACGGCAUCGAGGAGUUGAUUGCACGAGAUGCCCCUAUGCGGGAGACGUUGAGGCUGCUCUGCAUCUACUCGUGCAUAUCAGGAGGCAUCAGGCCCAAGGAAUUUGACCAAUUCAGACGGCUCGUUCUCCAAGGCUACGGCUAUCAGCACCUGCUCACACUCAACAAUCUCGAGAAGCUACAACUCUUCUUGUCCAAAUCAUCACCAUUGGCUGGCAUGAUCCCGAUCCCAGGCAACGCGGGAGCAACUGGCAACAAGACCAACUACACUUAUCUACGCAAACAAUUGCGUCUCAUUGUUGAUGAGGUUCAGGAGGACGACCCGAACGACAUCUCGUAUGUGUAUAGUGGAUACGCGCCUCUUUCAAUCCGACUUGUACAGUGCAUUCUGCAAAAGCAGUAUCUACUCUCUGUAACAAGAGGAAACGGUGCGAGCGCGGCGGGGGUGCCUCCUGGAGUAGGCACGCAAGGAUGGCAGGGAUUCGACGAGGCAGUCAAGCACGUUCGCGGCCAGACGUUCUAUGAGCACCAGAAGGGCGAGGAUAAGGCGGUUAAGGCGAGGGCGUUGCUCUCCGGAAGCGGCAACAAGCAGACCGUGUUUGUCGUCUUUGUCGGCGGCAUUACGUUUACUGAAAUUGCUGCUCUCAGAUUCAUCGCAAAGCAGGAGGAAGGACGAAGAAAUAUCGUGAUUUGCACAACAUCUAUUAUAAGCGGGAAUAGAAUGAUGGAUGCGGCGAUCGAGAAAGAAUCGUUUGCGAAGGAGAACGCGCCCGCGCCCGCGCCCGUUUCGACAAGCUGA